AUUCCUCCAUUUCUCAAUCUCAAACAACAACAACAACAACAAUCAAAUCCUCUGCAAAGAACAAAGCAAAAACAAAAACAAAAAAUCAAGACUUCCACCAUAUAGCACUCGAAGAUGGUGAAACACAUAAGUGAAAAACCAGCAGUGGAGCGAAGCGAUUCACGGUUCAAGGGUGUCCGAAAGCGAAAAUGGGGGAAAUGGGUGUCCGAAAUCAGACUACCCAACAGCAGGGAAAGGAUUUGGCUGGGAUCUUAUGACUCAGCCGAGAAAGCAGCGCGUGCUUUCGACGCCGCUCUUUUUUGCUUACGCGGCCGCUCUUCCAAAUUCAACUUCCCUGAUAACCCUCCCGAGAUAGCUGGAGCUAGGUCUUUAACGCGGCCCCAAAUUCAAGCCGCUGCAGCACAGUUUGCGAACUCGGAGCCUCCCAGGAUCCAAUCCGAGCAAUCCAACUCUGGGUUCCAAACGGAGUCCCCAUCACCGUCGGUUUCGGACGGGACUGUUCAGUUAGAUAGUGAGUUGCCUAUGGACGGAUCGUUUCUUGAUCUUUUGACAAUCGGUUCGGGUAUUUAUGAAUCGGAUUAUGGGUUGAUAUUCCCUGGAUUUGAGGAUUUCUCAAGUGAUUUUCUCGGAUCAUCGUUGCCCAACGUCGGUUACGAAGAGGAUUAUUUGGAUGGGAUUUUAGUUCCAGAAUCUUUUCUUUGGAAUUUCUAAAAUCGGGUCGACCUGGGCAUUUUAGUAUCCAGAGUUGGAUCCGGAUAUUCGAGAGGCCAAUUUUUGUACGGCCAUCCUUUUUUGCUCAUCCUUAAAAACAUCAGCUUACUCCGUAAAACGAAUGUAAAGUUUAUAAAAAAAUUUAUUUUUCUUCUUCUUUCUCGUGUGUAAUUUUUUGUAGUAAUUGGACGGAUUACUGUUUAUUAUUUUAAUAAAAUAUAAAAGGAUUAUUAUAUUA